AUGGCCCGUGUGCCCUGGCAGAAGAUUCACGUGGUGGUUUUGGCUGGGUGGCGGAGAGCCUGUGUCAUCUGCGGGUGGCGCUGCCCACGUUGCCCAGGCGGGUGGGACUCUCUCCUCGAAGUCAUCCUCAUCAGUCUUCUGCUUCUUGGUGUCGACAUCGUCAUCCCCAUCGUCUUCAGCUACCCGUUUGCCUGUAACUGCCUCGGCCUUCACAUCUUCAUCUCCAUCUUUUUCCUCACCAUCGCCUUCCUGCUCCUCCUCCUCUUCCUCCCCCGCUUCUUCCUCGUCUUCAUCUACCUCAUUGUCGGCCUCCUGCUCCCCAUUUUCCUCAUUAGCGUUCCCAUCAGCAGGCACGUCUCUUCCAUUCUCCGCCUGCUCCACAACUUCCUUCUUCUCAAGUCCUUGGUGGUGAUCUCGGAGCUGGUGUCCACGGCCGCGUCUGACAUGAUGGGGCACGCCGGUGAUCCGAUGCAGCGGAUUAAAAAGAAAGCAAGAGGGGGCGCCUGGGUGGCUCAAGUUCAAGGACUCUGGCGAGAAAGCUGCCGGAGUCCGCGGUGGCGGAGGAGGCGCGCGGCAGAGGUGGUUGCGGCGAACGGGGAGCUGGACACGGGAACAAC